UGAUCCAUGCUGAAAAGCCUCCAUUCAUACAGAUGAGCCCCGGGUCGAGGUGGCACUUUAAACCCAGAUAGUCGGUUGGCUAACUGCCCAGCAGAAUGCCAUCCACCAGCCGAGCGGGCAGCCUGAAGGACCCCGAGAUUGCAGAGCUCUUCUUCAAAGAAGAUCCAGAGAAGCUCUUCACGGAUCUCCGAGAGAUCGGCCAUGGAAGCUUUGGAGCUGUUUAUUUUGCACAUGAUGUGCGCACCAAUGAAGUGGUGGCCAUCAAGAAAAUGUCUUACAGUGGGAAGCAAUCCAACGAGAAAUGGCAGGAUAUCAUUAAAGAAGUCAAGUUCCUACAAAGAAUUAAACAUCCAAACAGUAUAGAAUACAAAGGCUGCUAUUUGCGGGAGCAUACAGCAUGGCUUGUUAUGGAAUACUGUUUAGGAUCAGCAUCAGAUUUAUUAGAAGUCCAUAAAAAGCCAUUGCAAGAGCUGGAAAUUGCUGCAAUUACCCACGGUGCUCUCCAAGGUUUAGCAUACUUGCAUUCUCACAACAUGAUCCAUAGAGAUAUCAAGGCAGGAAACAUCCUACUGACGGAACCAGGCCAGGUGAAACUCGCUGACUUCGGAUCUGCUUCCAUAGCAUCUCCUGCCAAUUCGUUUGUGGGGACACCAUAUUGGAUGGCCCCAGAAGUGAUUUUAGCCAUGGAUGAAGGGCAAUAUGAUGGUAAAGUCGACGUGUGGUCACUUGGGAUAACGUGUAUCGAAUUAGCGGAAAGGAAGCCUCCCUUGUUUAAUAUGAACGCAAUGAGUGCCUUAUAUCACAUAGCGCAGAAUGAAUCCCCUACACUCCAGUCCAAUGAAUGGUCUGAUUAUUUUCGAAACUUUGUAGAUUCUUGCCUCCAGAAAAUCCCCCAAGACAGGCCUACAUCGGAGGAGCUCCUGAAGCACGUGUUUGUCCUCCGGGAGCGCCCUGAGACAGUGUUAAUAGACCUGAUCCAGAGAACAAAGGAUGCAGUCAGAGAACUGGACAAUCUUCAGUAUCGCAAGAUGAAGAAACUCCUCUUCCAGGAGGCGCACAACGGGCCCGCGGUGGAAACCCAGGAGGAAGAGGAGGAGCAAGACCACGGCAUGGGCCGGACGGGAACAGUGAACAGUGUCGGGAGCAACCAGUCCAUCCCCAGCAUGUCCAUUAGUGCCAGUAGCCAAAGCAGUAGUGUUAAUAGUCUUCCAGAUGCCUCGGACGACAGGAGCGAGCUGGACAUGAUGGAGGGUGACCACACGGUGAUGUCCAACAGCUCCGUCAUCCACUUGAAGCCGGAGGAAGAAAACUACAGGGAGGAUCCGGACCCCCGAUCAAGAGCGUCGGAACCCCAAGUGUCUCCACCCCAAGUGUCUCGCCACAGAUCCCACUACCGCAACCGAGAGCAUUUUGCUACUAUACGCACAGCGUCGCUGGUGACGAGGCAGAUGCAGGAGCACGAGCAAGACUCGGAGCUCCGGGAGCAGAUGUCCGGCUACAAGCGGAUGCGGCGGCAGCACCAGAAGCAGCUGAUGGCCCUGGAGAACAAGCUGAAGGCCGAGAUGGAUGAGCACCGCCUGCGGCUGGACAAGGACCUGGAGACCCAGCGCAACAACUUUGCGGCGGAGAUGGAGAAGCUCAUCAAGAAGCACCAGGCGGCAAUGGAGAAGGAGGUAGGGGGCAGCUGCUUCCGCACAGCUUCUCCGGCGAAAAUCAUGGCCAAUGAAGAGAAGAAGUUUCAGCAGCACAUUCAAGCCCAGCAGAAGAAAGAGCUGAACAGCUUCCUGGAAUCCCAGAAAAGAGAGUAUAAACUGCGCAAGGAGCAGCUCAAAGAGGAGCUGAAUGAGAACCAGAGCACUCCCAAGAAGGAGAAGCAGGAGUGGCUGUCCAAGCAGAAGGAGAACAUCCAGCACUUCCAGGCGGAGGAGGAGGCCAACCUGCUCCGGCGGCAGCGGCAGUACUUGGAGCUGGAGUGCCGCCGCUUCAAACGGCGGAUGCUGCUGGGGCGCCACAACCUGGAGCAGGACCUUGUCCGGGAGGAGCUGAACAAGCGCCAGACACAGAAGGACCUGGAGCAUGCCAUGCUGCUGCGCCAGCACGAGUCCAUGCAGGAGCUGGAGUUCCGGCACCUCAACACCAUCCAGAAGAUGCGCUGCGAGCUCAUCCGGCUCCAGCACCAGACAGAGCUCACCAACCAGCUGGAGUAUAACAAGCGGCGGGAGAGGGAGCUGCGACGCAAGCAUGUCAUGGAGGUGCGGCAGCAGCCCAAGAGCCUCAAGUCUAAAGAGCUCCAGAUCAAGAAGCAGUUCCAGGAUACGUGCAAAAUCCAGACCCGGCAGUACAAGGCCCUGCGGAACCACCUGCUGGAGACCACCCCCAAGAGUGAGCACAAGGCUGUCUUGAAGAGGCUCAAGGAGGAGCAGACUCGAAAGCUGGCCAUCCUCGCAGAGCAGUACGACCACAGCAUCAACGAGAUGCUCUCCACACAGGCUCUGCGAUUGGACGAGGCGCAGGAAGCAGAGUGCCAGGUCUUGAAGAUGCAGCUGCAGCAGGAACUGGAGCUGCUCAACGCCUAUCAGAGCAAGAUCAAGAUGCAGGCAGAGGCUCAGCACGACCGGGAGCUGCACGAGCUGGAGCAGCGGGUGUCCCUGCGCAGGGCCCUCCUUGAGCAGAAGAUCGAGGAGGAGAUGCUGGCCUUGCAGAACGAGCGCACGGAGCGGAUCCGAAGCCUGCUGGAGCGCCAGGCCCGGGAGAUUGAGGCGUUCGACUCGGAGAGCAUGCGGCUGGGCUUCAGCAACAUGGUCCUCUCGAACCUCUCCCCAGAGGCGUUCAGCCACAGCUACCCGGGAGCUUCCAGCUGGUCCCACAACCCUUCCGGGGGCGCAGGGCCCCACUGGGGUCACCCCAUGGGUGGUCCGCCGCAGGCGUGGGGCCACCCAAUGCAGGGCGGCCCCCAGCCAUGGGGUCACCCCUCUGGGCCCAUGCAGGGGGUCCCCCGGGGGAGCUCACUGGGGGUCCGCAACAGCCCCCAGGCUCUGAGGCGGACGUCCUCCGGGGGACGGACGGAGCCAGGCAUGAGCAGGAGCACGAGCGUCACGUCACAAAUAUCCAAUGGGUCACACAUGUCUUAUACAUAAUAGCUUCGAGAGGUCUGUCCCUGAGGGUGGCAAGUCCACUGGAGCUGUCUGCCAACAGAAGCUGCCAAGGGGCAACCCCACCCCCCUCGCCGGGAGCCCAGACCGGGGCAGCACGGACUCCGGGUGCCGACUGGCGAGCGUGUUCAUUUCAGGCAGCAUUUAAUGUUUUGGGUUUACUAAUUGGGAUGUCAUAGUAUUUGGCUGCAGAGUCUCUCUUAGCUUCUUUAAGAAAAAGGAAAGAUUAUUUUAAAGAAAGCGGUUUGGAGUUCGGGAGAGAGGUGCAGCUUUUUCAGUGGCGGCAAGGGGUCGGGGGGGGGCCAUUCUCUCCUAACAGAGCAAAGGAAGGAAGGGUCUCCCCUAGCCCAAGCUCCUGGUGAAUUAGGCACCUUGGGAGGGCAAACCCCGUGGGUUCUUGGCUCACUCUCUCUGUAUUUAAGUGCCCCUCCCCUCUCCCUGCUUCAUUGGGGGCUGGUCUCUUGCUACGAAGAGACUCGGGGGGGGAAGGUGUGCCACUAAAGAGAGGAGGUCCAGGAGGGCGAGGGGAACCGCGCCUGCUGAUAGAAGCUGGGGGGGGGAGGGGAGAAAGGGGGCAAACAGACAGCUCUGGACACCCCACCCCACCCCCCCGCUGGCGCAUGCUGUCUCCCCGUUGCACUAAGGUGAAGCCGCUCGUUUGGAGCACACCUGAUCGCUUGGACAGAACUGCACUAGUCAAAUGCACCUGCUAGAAACCUGUUUGCAGUUCAGCCCAACAGGCUGUGUCGUGUGUGUGUGUGUGUGUGUGUGUGUGUGUGUGGUUGUGGUUGCUGGAGGGGGAAGAGGCAAGGCCAGGGAGGGUCUGCUCUUUUCUAGCUUAAUACUGUGACAUCUCACGUUAGUCAAGCAUCAGAACAAUUCGCGAGGCGCCCGGGAUCGCACCCCCCUCCCCUGCCUGCCUGCCUGCUCUGCUCUUCAGAAACUUCUAUAUAUAAAAAAAGACUUUCAGCCAGCCAGUCCAAAAUUCCAGAGGUAUUGUGAUUGAUGCCAUAAGUUUUAGACAUGCCAUUUAGGGCAGGCAAGGAGAUCUCUCUCCUUUCUGACACUACACAUUUUAUUUUAUUUUUUGCCAGGUUUUUUUUUGGGGGGGGGGGCUAACCUUGGGCUUGCCACAGUUUUUUCCUCGUUUACAUGUAAAGCUGUAGCCAACGUGUUUCCGAGUGUGUUUUAGUUGCCAUUGGGGGGGGGGGGGUUCCCGCCUCUCUUUCCCUGCUGCUGACCAGCCUGUUAAGCUGCCUCCAUUGAUGUUUUACGCUACAUGCGACCCGUCCUUCGCAUGAGUUCUUGGGAGGUGAGGGACCCCCCCCCCCUUGCACCGUUUUUUAAAGCCAUUUGCGACUGCUUUUGGUCACCUUUUGCCCAGAGGCUCUGCUUCCAAGGAGCCAUUGUACAUGCUCACACACACACACACAUAGAUUUCUGGGGCUGGCGGCUGGAGAACAAGGUUUUUGGGAGAGCUAGACACACUGCUCUCCUUUUGCGCUCAGGAUCUUUGGGACCUCAGUUGCCAAGGCAGCAAAAGAGGUACUGUGACUCGCGUCAACCCAGGGGCUUGGCCUGAGGUUACGAGAAAAGGAAAAGAAAGAGAUUCUCCUCACUACAGGAGCUGCUUCCCUCGGCUGUUCUUUGUAAAAAAAAAAAAAAAUUAUUCCCUUGCACAUUUAAGCAAAUGAAACACUAGCUAACUAACUCUAGAAUUUUUUAUUUUGCCUUUUAACACAUCUUAUAGGGCUCAGAAUUGCAAGGUUUCUUCCGAAUGUGUUUGGUGUCCAACGUGACAUCUUUGUAUAGAAAAAUACUCUAAUGUUUUUCACACUGCAGCUCAGUUCUUUUUUUUAUCAGUGUGACUUCUUUUUUU